AUGGACGUACCUGGUGAUGUGGUCCGGCGGGGGUCGCAAGUCGACAAGGGCACGUUGCCAGUGGCCAUGUUGCCGCCGCGAUGGCGCUCGACUGCAGCGAUCCUCGUCCUGCCAUGGGUGUACUUAGUGUUGUCGUCGGCAUGCAGUGUUGUGUACCUGAGUUUGGUCGCAUGCAACUUGACCAACGAUUACCUCUGGAGCGACUUCAACUUGACGAGCCAAACGUUUGUCGGAGACGCAUUCAACUCGGCCGUUGUGUUUGGCACGGCAUGGGAUGUGCUCUUGAGCGGCGUCGCAGUGCAAAAAACGUACCAAGGCUCUGUUUACAUGGACACCAACCCCGCGAGCCCGCGGCAGUUGGUCCUGUCGCCGCAGCCCCUGCAUCGAGUGAUCGAGUCGUUGCGCCGCGCGACCACCGUCGACAGCCUCAUUGCAUUUACGCAGUAUUGUUGGGUCGACUUGAACCGCACAUUCGAGAUGGCCCAUACGGAGAAGCGCCAGAUGCGAUGCCACGAACAUUUCCGCGCCAACGGCGCCGUGUACUUGGAACCGUCGCUGCGCAACAUCCCGGGCGGCGUCAAUGCAUCCAAACUCGCGUCAGCCAUCCAAGUGUCUGUGCUGGACGCAGUGAGCCAGUGGCCCGUGGGACUCCAAUGGCUCGACGACUUGCACCAGUUCAAGUGGGGCUCGAUCGAGUUGGAAGUUGCGUUUUGGCAGGCCCACGGGGUCACGACGUACGUGUGCCAGGCGCAAAACUUGUACCAACACGGCAUGCAAGACACAGUCACGAUCGUGAAUGCGAUGAAUAUGGUCCAGCAGGUCAAGAUCAACCACGCCGAGUUCCUCGGCCGUGGGCUAUCGCAAUGGACAACCGCAAUAGCGUCCAUCGGGCCAUGGAACGACUUCAAUUUGUGCUAUCACGGCGGGUGCAGCUUGGUGCGGGCGGCUCCCAACUCGCUCAACAACAUGGGAUACUCGUACGACGUCGACGUCAUGAUGGGGCCUUCGCGCACACCCAACAUCGAUCUCGUACGCACGCACGUAGGGCCGUUCGGUUCGAUGGACUUGUUCAUGGUGCCGCUGCCCCCUGACCUCGUCGCGUACUUUGAAGCGUUCCAAACGACGCUGUUUCACCACGUGCGGCAACACGGCGUGGUUGAAAACAGCAGCUCCACACUUUUCGAAGUCGUUCGGCCCAUCCCGUGGUCCUGGCGGGGCUUGCUCUACACAGGCGGCAACCCCCUGUGCCAAUUCUAUGAACCCCGGCCGUUCAUCCAGGACUCGUUUGGAUUUUACGACGUGUGCCAAGUCCAGAAGCCGCUCGAAUCGACGCUCCAACUCAACAGUGUUUUGUUUGCGCUGCAAGCGGCAGGGCCGUCCGAAAGGACCACCGUGUUGGGCGCGUGCAAUCUCAGCACCUCGUCCACACAGCGCUGUGAGAGCUUCGUCAACGCCACACAGACGCUGUUCGAGGGGUACGUCGGCCCAAGCAUGACAGCGCGGCAGUGGAAUGCUGUGACGGCACUCAACUUGACGCUCGUUCAAAUGGCCAGCAUUCCCAACACGUCGACGCUGGUGUGGCUCGAGCAGCCCUUGAUUGCCAAGGCUGAUCCGUGGUCGCUGUUUGGGUGGGUCGCCAUCUACGACUGGCUCACUGGCCACCGCGAAGUGUUUUCGCUCCAAGGCGACGAAGGCACGUACACCAUGAUGUCGCCGCGGCACGACGCGCUGCCUCUCGCUGCCAACGCGCUCGAGCUGCCUCAACAAGCGUGCUGGUACGUGUGGCUGCUCACGAUGUACUCGACAGCGUUGAUGGCCAUGGUGGCGAUGCUUGUCUUUGUUGCCCGUGGAAUGUCGUCGCGAGAAGGCUACGUCCGACCGACCGACGUCAACUUGUUUCAGUUUAGUCGGGUGGUUGGGUCGAUCUGGAUCGGGCGCCCCAUUCUUGUCUUGCGCGGCCUCACGGCCGUCAUGAUCCUUAGCACGGCAUCGCUCGAAUUCACGACACGAGCGACGCUGACCAGCUUUGAACGCGCCCCACGAUCGCUGCUGUACACUGGAAUUCUUGCUGGCGAAGCCACGUGGACCACAUUUGUUCUGAGCGACGUGCUGCUACCUGUCGUAUCUCCUGCCGUGAGCAAAGUCGUGGCUCCGACCAGCGUGCUGUUGACAUGGCUGGCCUUUGUCGUCGGGGACGUUGCGCUCCCCGUGGAAGCCACAAUCACGAUCGACCGACAGUGCACGAUUCGUGUGCUGAGUUACGACAUGGCGUGCGAAACAGGUGCCGUUUCCGUGGGGAAAUUUCAUCGAUUUCUCGUGAGUUUGGUGUUUCAAUGUGGCGGCUGCGUUGUCUUGUACGUGUUGAGUGGGCUGUGGCUUUCUCGCCGGCAGUCCACGAAAAUUCAGGUCUUGGCCAGCACGCCGCCAUCCGUGAAUUCGAUCCCCAACUUGAUCUUGCCGGCGGUGGCCGUCGUGCACCUGGAAAACGCCACCACCCACGCAACUUCCGCGACGUGGGAGCUCGACGGUGUCGGGUGCGUCAUGGCAGGGAUGCUUCCUCUUGGCACACACUUGUUUGAUGUCAAGCUGUGGCUUUUCUACCACCCGUCCGCCUUCCACCGCGGCGUGUACACCUUUGCCCCGACCACCUUUCAAGUGCCACCGUUGCAAGCGACCACGAUGGCGUCCCUUCGGCGGCCUUUCGGCACGAACGAUGUCGAGGCCACGUCAAGGUUCGCGCGGCUGCGACUACGUUCUUUCGUCGGCUUCACUUACGUGAUUGUGACGGUCAUGGGCAGCUUGAGCUACCUCACGUUGUCCAAGAACUCGUUUUCAAACGAUUUCCUGUGGUCGUCGUUCAACGCGACGGGGACCCUCAUGUUCAUGUCCAACUGGUACAACGUGCACCUUCAAUACGUUGCGGGGUCGGGUCCGAUGCCGUUUACGCUGACGUCUCCGACGCACGGCGACCCCAUCAACACGUACAACACGACCGAUACGACGCUGUCCGUGCCACCGCUGUAUGCAUCGGCGCUUCAGCAUCACGUCGGCGCCAACUUGGCCAGCGUCGUUCAAGGUCUGCGACGCAUGGAUGGCUGUGCGGUGCCGUGGAUAUUUUCCCCGUACUGUUAUGUCGAUUUCGAGCGGUCGUGGGAGAUGGCGGUGACUGCCGCGCGGCAAUUGCGAUGCCAACAAAACGACGUGGACAAUGGCGCUGUGUACAUGGCCGCCGUGUUGCGCAACGCGAAUUGGAACGACUUGACGCGGUGUUGGGGCGCAGCGCUGGAAACCGGUCUGUUUGCGUAUUUGCGAACGUUCGACGCCGGCCAGCGGUGGAUCGCGACGGUGCAGCGCAAUGCGGCAUCGGUCGGGGGCGAAGUCCAGGUCUGGCAUGAUCACGGCAUCGAGCAUUACUUGCCCCAGUGGCAAAACUUCAAAGCCCUCGGCGCCGUCGAGUCGUUCUCGGUCCAGAACGCUGUCGGGAUCUUGUAUCCACUCACGCUCAAGCACAUGAAUGGAUCGUUUCAGCUGGGAGUCGAGACUACGUUCAAGAUGUACUGGGGCCUCGCCUGUGAUCUAUGGGCCGUCGCAUCCAACACGUCCGGCGUCGGCGGGCUGUCGCUGAUUCGACAGAGCAGUGCAUUCGCGUACGCCAACAUGUCGUUGCGCAGCGUGUACCUCGGCAACGCGUCGUUGCACGUCCUCGGCCGUGGCUUCGUGGCGAUCGAAUCUAUGUUUGGCCCGUUUGGAUCGAUCGACAUGAAGCGGAUUCCUGUUCCAGACCAACUGCGCACUGCCGUCCAAGCCACGAUGGGCAUUUUGCGCAAAGUCUUGACGACAAGUGUGGCGGCGCAACAAGACUACGCUGCAGCGCCUCAACGGACCGGCUACGACGCGCUUCCGACCGCUUGGGACGACGUAGUCAUCGUGGCAGGCAACAUUUUGUGCGACGUUGUGGUCGCCCAGCCGUUUGAUUCCAUGUACUCGAUGUUCACCAUGGAAGGCGCGUGCCCAUACCAAACGGUCGAUCGGAUCUACACCCAGCCGUACACAACGCUGGCAGCAUGGGCCAUGCAAAUGCCACCCAACGCCACCACCGCCAACGAUGUGACGGCAGUGUGCUCGAGGGAAGUGGUCAGCCGCCGGCAGUGUCUGGACAUGCUAAAUCACACGUGCACGUUUCUUCAAAGCCAUUUAACGUCGGAGCAGCGGACGACGAUCCAUGGCCUUGCGUCGGCGGCCCAGCCCGUCGUUGGCACCGUUCAGUUGUCGCAGUUUGUGCAAGGCAUCGACGGAGCGAUCCAUGUAGCCACGACCACCAUUAUGAACGCCACCGAUCGCGACUACCAGUUUUACGGGUGGUUAUAUCUACUGGACUGGGUCCAAGGCACCCGGGAAGUCGUGGCGUUCCAAGGGGAUGCCAUGCCGCCGUCCCGACCAACUGUGCUUCUCUCGGGCUACACCCCUCAGAUCCGUGGACACGUGAAUGCGAUGGAGAUUCCUGCCAACGCUUCGUUCUACAUUCGGUGCCUCGUUCAGUACGUGUCGUUCGUGCUGUGCUGCGUCGCAUGCGCCGUGUGCAUGGUGAUCGUGUCAAGUCGGGGCAACAUCGAGGGGUACAACAUGCUGCUUUUCAAUCGCGUCGCUGGCGUCGUCUGGGUCGGCCGUCCCUUGGCGUUGUUACGGGGCCUGGCCGCGAUCGCCCUUCUCUCGACGUCCAAUUUGAUUGUGGACCGCGCCGUGGGGUGUGCGUCGAUAUUUGCCGAGCCCCCCGAGUUUUGGGGCAUGACGUUCAUGGCUGCUGGAGAACUCACAUGGCUUGUCUACAUCAUCAACGACACGCUGUCGAUCGUAACGACGUCGUACACGGCGCAGUACGCAUCCAAGAGCAGCAUGCUCGCGUGGGUUGUGUCUGGAAUUUGGACGUUUGUGCAACCGACGACGCACACAGUCACGUUGGACCGGGUGUGCGAGGUGAUCGUAGUCGACUUGCAAGUCGUGUGCCAUGCCGGCGUCGUCCAAGUCGGUUCGUACAUUCGAUUCAUGAGCUUGAUUGCCGUCGCGUGCGGCGCCACGAUUGUGUGCUACGCCGUGGAACGCGUCGUGCGUCCGUCGGUCGACACGGGCAUCACGCCAUCGCUGUAUUUGUACUCGGCCGCCAACCACCUCUUCCAUCGCGCCGACUGGAUUCACGCGAACGUGUACUACCUCGAUCGAGCGUCAGCAGUGAUAGCAGGGAUCGUCGCCGUCGAGCACCAACACUGCAUAUACAUGCUCGACAUCAAAAUGUGGCGCAUCUAUUCCGUCGACGUCGCCACCGUCCGCAAGCGCCAACGCGAUGAACACAUGCACCCGACCGCGCUGCAUGCGAUUCCACUUUUUGAAUGA